CGUAUUUGUAAUUGUGUAUCAUCUGCUUUUCUUAAUCCGAUUCGUUACAAUAAACAGAACUGAAUAAUAAAUCAUGAAAUAAAAACUCCAGGUGUUUGUGUCCUUGAGCAACAUUAAAUAAAUAAGUAUGUAUGGUUUUGUGCCAAAGUCAAAGCUCUCUAUUUUUGAAGUUGGUGUAAAUAAUCAUUAACAAUACACACAACAACAACAAAAACAAAAAAUGACAUUUAAACGAAAAACAAUGAGGCAAGAAACCGUUAUAACAGUAACAACUACACGCAGUGAGUGAGUAUUCGAGUGAAGUGAAUUGAAUGAGAACAAGUUUAUACAGUAAAAGAGAACAAACACUUCCGUUAGUUGAGUAAACUUCCGCAUGUUUACAAGGAAAGCUUUUAGCAACUAUAAAAACAAAAACAACAAACAAACGCAUAAACAAAAAGCGCGCCUUAAUAACAAACAUUACAGUUGCUCACUCACACAACAAACGUCAGUUAGUCGUUUUACCGUUAUUCUUCUCAGCACACAUUAAACGCCUUUGUUGUUGUUGUUGUUUGUUCAUAAUUAACAGGAUAUUUCGUAAAACAAAAACAAACAAUGCCGCAAACGUGUAAAGAAUAGGUUGUGAUUUAAAAAAAAAAGCAAAACAGCAACAAAAAUGUUUUAAACAUCCUUGUGGGAUAAAAAAAAAGAGUAACACCAAAUAAACAACAGCAACAGUUAACCAACACAUUAUCAGCAAUAAUACGAUUAAUAACAAUAAUUAAAAUUUAAUAAAUAAUUAAAUAAAAAAGAAAACAAAGUACAGUUAGCACUAUGUCCGAAACAAAAUUAAACAAUUGCAAUAAUAUUGAGAAUGGUGUGUCGUCAUUAACAUCCAUCAAUAAAAAUAAAGAUGAAAUCAAUGAGUCCUCGGAAGGACCCACCGUUACGUUACCCCACUCCGUUUUAAACAAUUUAUUUACAACAUUUUAUGUCAAUCAAAGACGUGAAGCUCUCAAAUGGUUCCUCCUCGCAUAUCUCUGCUUUAGUAUAUACACUCUUGGCAUACCGGCAGAGCAGUCGAUUCAGAACAGAACAUGUUAUAUUAUAUUCGAUAUAAUAGCAGUUAGUAGUUGGUUGCUUAUGUUUGCGGCCAGUAAAUAUGAGAGAUUCAAAUUGAAAAGGCCCUUUUAUAUAGGCAUAUUCAUAAGCAGUGCACCAAUAGUCAUAUGGACAUGUUUUAUAAUACAUUUUGUAACAUACUCUUUCGUCCAGCAAGGAACAAUAUCCGCAAGAGAACUCUUGGGAUGGGCCAUUUUAUUUAAUUUUCUGGUACCAGUGAGUUUACCCGUUCCUUUAUACUACACCGGAUGUUUUAUGUGUUUUAUAACGUUUUUCGGCUACUAUGCCCUCAUCUAUUUGUCGGCACGUGAUGAUCCCCUGUUCAACGAAAUGUUGCUGGCAAACAUGGUUUUGGUGUCGGCCGCUUUAAUGAUUGGUCUGCUGUACUAUGACAUGAAUGCAGCGAAACAAAGGCGGGCAUUUUUGGAGGCCAAGAAGAGUCUAGAGGUGAAAAUGAUUAUAGAAGAUCAAUCAGCGGAACAAGAACGUUUGCUAUUGUCGGUGUUGCCAAAACAUGUGGCCGAAAAAAUGAGACAGGAUCUGGGUUCCACGAGUUCAGAGCCAUUCAAAAAAAUCUACAUGAGUCGUCAUGAGAAUGUCAGUAUUUUAUAUGCUGAUAUAGUGGGUUUUACCGCCAUUUCAUCUACAUACAGUGCUCAGGACUUGGUUAAGAUGUUAAAUGAGUUAUUUGCCCGUUUCGAUAGAUUAGCAGAGAAAUAUCAACAACUACGUAUAAAAAUUCUAGGCGAUUGUUAUUAUUGCAUUAGUGGAGCACCAGACGAACGACCAGAUCAUGCUGUGCUUUGUGUACACAUGGGUUUGUCAAUGGUAAAGGCUAUAAAAUAUGUGCAGCAAAAGGCCAAUUCACCUGUUGACAUGCGAGUUGGUAUACAUACGGGUGCUGUAUUGGCCGGAAUAUUGGGACAACGUCAGUGGCAAUUUGAUGUCUAUUCAAAGGAUGUUGAAUUAGCUAAUAAAAUGGAAUCAAGCGGAAAGGCUGGUCGUGUUCAUAUUUCUGACAAAACUUUGGCGUAUCUAACUGGUGAAUUUGAAGUGGAACCAGCAUAUGGAGAGAAACGUGAGGAAGCCUUACGUAUAGCUGGCCUCAAAACUUAUUUUAUAAAAAAAGUUCUGAAGCCUUUCGCCUCCCCCAAUGCUAAGAAAAUCAACGAAACACAGAACGGCAACAACGACGACAAUGACGAUACUUUGGAUGACGAGCUAUUGGCUGAAAGUCAAGAUGAUAAAGUUAAAGAUACACAAGCGGAGACCGAAGUUUGUGAUAAACCGACCUUAUUUAAAGAGGAACUACGCAACGUUUUACGAGAUCGAGACUAUUAUGCACACAUUGAUCAAGAUACCGAUUGUUUGCUAAAAUUUAAACUUAAAGAAUUUGAAGAUGAUUACACGGCCUACAGAGAACCAUUCUCCUCAUUGCCACUUAUAUCUGCUUUAAUAGUACAAACUAUGGAUAUAGUUUAUUCAUUUUUAAUAUUACCGAGAUCUCCAUUACAUUUUGUUAAUAUAGCAGCUACUUUAGUGCCCAUUUUCAUGUUAGUCUUCAUAAGUGUGGCGGAAAGCUUUCCCAAAUAUUUGCCGGCUUUCUUCGUCAGCAUUAGUAAACGUUACAAUGAUUUUACUUUUGUGCGUGAAUUAACCGCCAUUAUUAUAGUACUUACCUUAGGACUUAGUAAUAUUAUCGAUGAGUAUUUCUUUGUGGCCUAUAUCAAAUCGGAACAUAUUGUGAGUGAGAGUGUUUUUAAUAAAACCCAAAGUGAAGAAGAUUUUUUGGUAGCCGAGCCCAUGAUUGAUGCUACACCCGAUCCUUUAGAUAAUAUCGUGUAUCCCUCCUAUUUAAGCAAUUUUUGUGUUUUAAUACUAAUUGCCACAACUGUCAUAGCACAACUAACACAUUUUGUCAAAAUCAUAUUACUGACACAGAUAACCGGUUUACACUGGUAUUUUAAUAUUUAUGUCCUCAACGAUUUGUAUGCUUUGGAAGAUGAUUUGGCCUUCAAUCCAAUUGUUUCAACAAGCCAUAUAAUGUCUGCAGCUUUGGUAUUUAUUACCAUUUCUUUGGCAUUCUGGGCCAGACAUAUGGAUCGUGAAGAUCGUGUCAUAUUUAAAUGGAAAUUAUUGGUAACUGAACAAAAAGAAAGGGCCGACGAUAUGCGCAAACGUAACGAAGCAUUAGUUUAUAAUGUGUUGCCGGUACAUGUUGCCGAACAUUUCAUGAAGAAUUCAAAACGUUCCCAUGAUGAUCUAUAUUCACAAAGUUAUGCGGAAGUGGGUGUUUUAUUUGCCAGUAUGCCAAAUUUUUCAGAUUUUUAUUCUGAGGAAACUGUUAACAAUCAAGGUUUAGAAUGCUUGCGGUUUCUAAAUGAAGUUAUAUCGGAUUUUGAUGCACUAUUGGAGCUCCCUCAAUUCCAGGAUAUUAUUAAAAUAAAAACUAUAGGUUCCACCUAUAUGGCGGCUAGUGGCAUAAAUUUGAAUCGUGAUAUAAAGCCUGGUGAUCCCAUAACCAAAAGAUGGGCCCAUUUGGCUUUAUUGGUGGAGUUUGCUUUAGAGCUGAAGAAGACUUUGCAGGACAUAAAUGAACAAUCGUUUAAUCACUUUGUUUUGAAGAUGGGUGUUAAUCAUGGACCUAUCACAGCCGGUGUUAUAGGCGCUAGGAAACCUCAUUAUGAUAUUUGGGGAAAUACGGUAAACGUGGCUUCUAGAAUGGAAAGUACAGGAAAAGCGGGCGCAAUACAAGUUACAGAAGAAACUUGUAAUAUAUUGCAAGAGUUUGGUUAUUCCUUUUUGCAAAGGGGUUUGGUCAGCGUUAAAGGAAAGGGACAAUUAAUGACCUAUUAUUUAAGAGGUAAGUCUGAUAAGAAAACAUCCGAACUUCAAGUAGAGUAUAAUGCUAAUGAUCAUGAUACACCUGUUACACCCAUUAUUGCUGCUAUCAAUCCAGACGACAUACCUGUACAGCAGGGUAUGAUUGGCAAUAUUGUUAAUCCAACUUCGGAAAGUGAAGUACAUUUAAAACUAGACGAUACGGAUGCGGCUGAUAUUAAAACUCCUCUAUUGAAUCUCAAAACAAAUGCCAACUCAAAAUCAGCCAGUCCAAUUAAGGUCUGUGCAAAUGGUGAAAUGACUACGGAAGAAGAUGCUUUAAUAACUACCGAAGAAACAAUGUAAAAUCUGUGACAAAUUUUAAAUUUUAGCUCAUUAUAAUACAAUUAAACAAACAAACAAACAAAA